GGGCGGCAGGGUCGGGGCGCGCGCGCGGGGCCGGUCCCGCCGCCCGCCGUGAGGGGGAGCGGAAUCUCCCGCCAUUUUUCAACCGUCCCGCCCGGGCCCCUCCGGGUCUCACCAUGGCGCCGUUACUCGGCCGUAAGCCGUUCCCGCUGGCUAAGCCAUUGCCGCCGGGGGAGCCGGGUGAACUGUUCGUCAUCCCCCACACGCAGGAGGCCUUCCGCACCCGCGAAGAGUACGAAGCACGUUUAGAGCGAUACAGCGAGCGGAUCUGGACGUGCAAGAGCACAGGAAGCAGUCAGCUGACACACAAAGAGGCUUGGGAGGAGGAGCAGGAGGUUGCUGAGCUCUUAAAGGAAGAGUUUCCUAUCUGGUAUGAGAAACUGGUCCUGGAAAUAGUCCACCACAACACUGUGUCAUUGGAAAAGUUGGUGGAUGCAGCUUGGUUGGAGAUCAUGACGAAAUUCGCAGUGGGUGAAGAGUGUGACUUUGAGGUUGGUAAGGAGAAAAUGUUGCCUGUAAAAGUUGUGAAAAUGCAUCCCCUGGAGAAAGUUGACGAAGAGGCCUCAGAAAAAAAAUCUGACGGAGCUUGUGAUUCUCCAUCCAGUGACAAGGAAAACUCUGGCCAGGCAGCCCAGGACAACCAGAAGGAAGCGAUGCUGAAGGAGGAUGACAGCAGGAGGGAUAGUAUGAAUGAUCGAGCACGUAGGUCUCCUCGAAAGCUUCCCACUUCGUUGAAGAAGGAAGAAAGGAAGUGGGUCCCACCUAAAUUCCUGCCACACAAAUAUGAUGUCAAACUGAAAAAUGAAGAUAAGAUCAUCAGCAACGUUCCAGCAGAUAGCUUAGUCCGUACAGAGCGUCCUCCCAACAAGGAGAUCCUGAGGUACUUCAUCCGUCACAAUGCACUACGUGCUGGCACGUGUGAGAAUGCCCCGUGGGUUGUGGAGGAUGAGUUAGUGAAGAAGUACUCUCUCCCCAGUAAAUUCAGUGACUUCUUGCUUGACCCACAUAAGUAUAUGGCUCUCAAUCCCUCAACCAAGAGGAGGAGCUCUCGGUCACCUGAAAGAAAACUUCCUAAGAAAUCCAAAGCAGACGGAUCUUCACUGGGACAGCCACUGAGUCCAACCCUGUGGUGUCAUGUGCAUUUGGAAAAAUCUAUAAUUAGCUCUCCGCUGAAGGUGAAAAACUCUAAGAACUCAAAUUGUCCUAAAGAGGGGCUGGAAGAGGUAAUGAAAAUUGUGUCACCUGCUAAACUUGGUUCUAACUUUCACAUUCCAAAGAGUAGCCGACUAGGAAAGGGGAACAACAAAUCCUUGGACAAAAAACAAAGAGGCAAAAGGGUUCUGAAUGGGCAGAAGUCAUCGGGGAAGGCAAAGUCUCCCAGGAAAGGUUUGAAGACCCCCAAGAUGAAAAUGAAACAAAUGACACUUCUGGACAUGGCUAAAGGUACCAGUAAGGUGUCCAGGGCUCCCAGGAAUUCUGGAGGCACCCCUGGAUCUUCCCGGAAACCCCAGAAACAUCUGCCUCCUGCAGCGCUCCAUCUCAUUGCCUAUUACAAAGAAAACAAAGACCGGGAAGACAAAAAAAGUGCUCUGUCCUGCAUCAUCUCUAAAACAGCUCGGCUGCUUUCCAAUGAGGACCGUGCCCGUCUCCCUGAGGAUUUGCGGGGUUUGGUACAAAAACGCUAUGAGCUCCUGGAACACAGGAAGAGAUGGGCCACCAUGACUGAGGAACAGCGGAAGGAGUACAUGAAGAAGAAAAGGGAAAAGCUGAAAGAGAAACUGAAGGAAAGAGCAAAGGAGCGGAAGGAGAAGGAGAUGAAGGAAAAACUGGAAAAACAGAGGAGAUUUGAGGACCAAGAUCUGAAAGGGAAGACAUUGCCUACUUUUAAACUGGUUGAUACUCCAGAGGGACUUCCUAACACACUUUUUGGGGAUGUAGCCAUGGUGGUGGAGUUCCUGAGCUGUUACUCAGGGUUAUUGAUGCCAGAUGCUCAGUAUCCCAUCACAGCAGUGUCCCUGAUGGAAGCCCUUUGUGCAGAAAAAGGAGGCUUCCUGUACUUGAACAGAGUACUGGUCAUCCUCUUGCAGACCCUGCUGCAGGAUGAAAUUGCUGAGGAUUAUGCUGAGCUGGGAAUGAAACUUUCUGAAAUCCCUCUUACUCUGCAUUCCGCUUCAGAGUUGGUUCGCCUGUGCCUGCGAAAGUCAGAUGUGCAAGAGGAAAGCGAGGUCUCAGAUAAUGUAGAUGAAAGUAAGGAUUCAGCAGCUUUCGAGGAUAAUGAGGUACAGGAUGAGUUUUUGGAGAAACUGGAGACAUCAGAGUUCUUUGAGCUGACUCCUGAAGAGAAAUUGCGGAUCCUUGGAGCGCUGUGUCACCGGAUCCUAAUGACGUACUCAGUGCAGGACCAUGUGGAGGCCAAGCAGCAGGCCUCAGCUGAGCUGUGGAAAGAGCGCCUGGCUGUCCUGAAGGAGGAGAAUGACAAGAAGAGGGCAGAGAAACAGAAGCGAAAAGAAAUGGUGGCUAAAACCAAGGAGAAUGGGAAAGAAGAGCAUAUGAUGGGAAGAAAUGAAAAGAAAAAACACGAAAUUAUGAAAAUAGAGCACCGGGUGGAAAUUGAAGCCGAUGAUAUGAUCAGUGCUGUGAAGAGCAGGCGCCUUCUUGCCAUUCAAGCCAAGAAAGAGAGGGAGCAACAAGAAAUACAAAUGAGAGUGAGGAUGGAGAAAGAAGCAGAGGAAGAAAGAAUCCGGAGGCAUAAAGCUGCUGCUGAGAAAACUUUCCAGGAUGGAAUUGCCAAAGCCAAACUGGUGAUGCGCAGGACCCCAAUUGGCACUGACAGGAAUCACAACAGAUACUGGCUGUUUUCAGAUGAGGUUCCUGGUUUGUUUAUUGAGAAAGGCUGGGUACAUGACUGUAUAGACUACAGAUUUACCCUUCCCCAUCAGAAAAAGGAAGAUUCGAAGAAGGACUACAACCCUGGAGAGAAGCGGAAGAGCACAGGCAGUGACGGCCGAGGAAACAAGCUGCACCGCUCCAUGCCCACUACAGACCUGCCUGCUGAGACCACCGCUCCCAAGCAGGGCCAGAACUUAUGGUUUCUCUGUGACAGUCAGAAGGAUUUGGAUGAGCUGCUGGAUUGCCUGCACCCCCAAGGAGUAAGGGAGAGCCAGCUCAAGGAGCGCUUGGAGAAAAAGUAUCAGGACAUCACACAUUCCAUCCAUUUGGCUCGGAAACAGAACUUGGGCCUCAAAUCUUGUGAUGGCAACCAGGAACUGCUGAACUACCUCCGGAGUGAUCUGAUUGAGGUUGCAACGCGGCUGCAGAAGGGAGGCCUGGGAUAUGUUGAUGUGACACCAGAAUAUGAAGCAAAAGUGUACUCGCUGGAGAGCCUAAAGGAUUUUGGAGAGUGUGUGAUUGCGCUCCAGGCUGGUGUUGUUAAGAAGUUUCUGCAAGGUUUCAUGGCCCCUAAGCAGAAGAGAAGGAAACACCAAGGAGAGGAUUACAUUGCCAGGGCUGAGGAGAUAGAUGAAGACAAGAAAAUGGCAGAAGAAGCCAAGGUUGCUUCAGCCAUGGAGAAAUGGAAGACAGCAAUCCGUGAGGCCCAGACCUUCUCCCGUAUGCAUGUACUGCUGGGGAUGCUGGAUGCCUGUAUCAAGUGGGAUAUGUCAGCAGAGAAUGCCAGAUGCAAAGUGUGUCGCAAGAAAGGUGAGGAUGACAAGCUCAUUCUGUGUGAUGAGUGUAACAAGGCCUUCCACCUGUUCUGCCUGCGGCCGGCACUCUAUGAGAUCCCAGACGGGGAAUGGCAGUGCCCAGCAUGCCAGCCUUCGACAGCCCGGCGCAGCUCACGAAGCAGGAACUAUGCAGAGGAUUCUGCUGAAGAUGAAGGUGAAGAAGGUGAGGAAGCUUCUGAUGAACCAGAUGCUGAGGAGGAAGAAGAGGAGGAAGAAGACUAUGAAGUUGCUGGACUAAAAUUGAGGCCCAGGAAGGCAGCCCGGGGCAAGCAGGGCUCCAUGUACUCCUCGAGGCAGGGAAGUCACCAGAGGAAGAAACAGACGCUGCACCCUGUACGGGGACCCCGGCAGCGCACAGCACCUGUCGGCGGUGCAGACAUCGAUGAGCUGGUUCUUCAGACAAAGAGGACAGCGCGUCGCCAGAACCUUGAGCUGCAGAAGUGUGAGGAAAUCCUCAGCAAGCUGAUCAAGUACCGCUUCAGCUGGCCCUUCAGGGAGCCAGUGACAACGGAGGAAGCUGAAGACUACUUUGAGGUCAUCAGCAACCCCAUGGACUUCCAGACUAUGCAGAGCAAGUGCUCUUGUGGCAAUUACCGCUCUGUGCAGGAGUUCCUCUCUGACAUGAAGCAGGUGUUCUCCAAUGCUGAGCGCUACAACCAGAAUGGGAGUCACGUACUGUCCUGCCUGGAGAAGACAGAGCAGUGUUUGAUUGAUAUGGUGCACAAACACCUGCCAGGCCACACAUAUGCACGCAGGAAACGCAAGAAGCUCUCUGCCAGGUGCCAGGGACUUGAGGAGCAAGAAGGGGACAGUGAGUCAGAGCCCCUUGAACAUUCCCGGGGGCGGAAAAGGAAGAAAUGAGGGAUGGGGAGGCUUAGGGGGAGAGCCAGAAAUGGAGCAGGCCCUCUGGUGCUGCCGAGCAGUCGGAUGGGUUAUCUGGAGGGAGUUGAGAAGCAGCGGGCACUUCUCUUUUAAUCCAGCCUUCCCUUGGGCCCAUCCUAGUUUUAAUUUUUCUGCAGUUUCCUCAAGUAUUUGGUCAUCCAUUGAAUGGCUAUGACUUGAUGCUUCCUCCAAAAUCUACAAAGCUCUUCAUGAGUCUGUCCUGCCAGGAGGGGAAGGUGGGAGGGCAAGGGGAGAACCUGGCCAAGCUUGGCUGGGCAGAGGAACACCUGCAUGCUCCAGUUCAGGCACUGUCGGUUUCCUGGAAUGAAUCGCUUCCUUGCCUCUGCAAGCAGCCAGAGUGCGGUGGGGCCAUCUGCUGCCAAUCAUAUGAGCACACCAGCCUCCAACUGGUGCGGGGGGGGGG